CCUGCCCGGAGUACCUUCUUCUUGAUACCGCGGUCCAGCCAUCUCCGUAUUGGACACCUCACACCAAUAAAGCGUGCGAAAAAUGAUGAUGAUGUGGUGAAAGAGCGCGGAUAAAAAGAAAAGAAAAAGCGUGGAGUGGCGAAAAUAAAAAAUUGGCGCGCGUCGACAGGAGAGGAAUUCUAAUUAUUUCGUGUGAUGAACACGCGGUCUGUUCGGAUAACAUUGUUUUUUUAUUCCAUAUAAUGAGUGUGAAUUAUUCGCGACAAUGGAAGUUGCACAACUGGCAAAAAUCAAGACUGAAACGAUCGAGUGUGUGAACGCUACUAUUUAAUAUAAAUGGAAUAAAAAUUCUCGAUACAUAGCAAAAAUGAUGAUUAUCCGAAUAAUCUGUGGAUUACAAUAUCCCUAACGAUCGAUCGUUUGAUUCGGAUUUUAAACUGUCAGACAGAGCCGUAAAGACAAUCCGACUGCGCGCUCAUCGUGCCGCGGAACGGCGUGACUAUGUGACAGUUUUGUGAUUAGAUUGACCUCAAUACGAGCUGGAUAUCCGGACGUACCCACGAGAGUGCUUUUAUCCUUAACCAUUCCGAAUCGAAUAUUAGCCAAUGUUCCGUGAUAACAAAUGACUUGAGAUGAACGAAAAAAGAUUGUGUUGCGUUUUGCCUUUUGCUGGAUUAUUCUAUUAGAUAAUUCCAGAAAAAAAAAAGAUCUGCACCUCGAUAGUGAAACGCGUACAGGUUCAUCGUGAAAAUUGUCACAGUGAUUGAAGGGGCUCUUUGGUGAUGUACGACAGCGCUAGCUGUUCGUACGCAGGUGCGCUCGAAUUAAAGGGAGCCUCCGGAGCCGGUGCCGCGGCCGCGGCCGGUGUAACCGCGGCCGGCGUCAAACAGGAGAACUGGCCGUACCGCGGCCUCACCUGCGGCAGCACUUUUCAACGGCUCAAGGAGAGCGUCGACAAGGCGAAACAAGCCCUCGCCGAUCGCAGCGGUUACCUUGCGGGUGCGUUUUCGCCGCCACCGCGCGCCAACCCGUCCACCAUUUCGCCCACCGCCUCCAUCACAGAUGCUAGCAGCUCUUACAAGGGAGGCUGGAGUCACGCCACGUCGCCGGCACCUGGUCAGGGCUAUGGAAGCAGCUUAUCAAAGACAGCAUUGGACACGCACAGCCAUCUCAGGCAGCCUGAUCCUUAUCAAAUGUUCGGGGCGACGAGCAGUCGACUCGCGAGCUCCGGUUCCGGUCAGAUUCAACUCUGGCAGUUUCUACUCGAGCUUCUGUCCGACUCGAGUAAUGCCGCGUGCAUCACGUGGGAAGGAACCAACGGCGAAUUCAAGUUGACCGAUCCCGACGAGGUGGCGAGACGAUGGGGCGAGAGGAAGUCUAAGCCUAAUAUGAAUUACGACAAAUUGUCGAGGGCUCUAAGGUAUUAUUACGACAAGAACAUCAUGACGAAGGUGCACGGCAAGAGGUACGCGUACAAGUUCGAUUUCCAGGGUCUGGCGGCAGCGACGCAGCCGGCGGCGGCCGAUCCGGCGGCGUACAAGUACCAGAGCGAGUUGUUCAUGUCCGGUUACGGUCACGCCAAGCUGAACCUCAUGCCGCCGCCGGCGGCGUCGGUUUCGGUGUCCGUUCCCGGCGGCCUCUUUCAAUCGGCGUCGAGCUACUGGUCGACGAGCCCGGGCGCCAACUUGUACGCCGGCCAUCACACGGCCUCCGGACACGUGCCACCUCAUCUCGGCACCUAUCCGCAUUACGCAUGACCCGCCGCCGAGCACUGGGGUGCCCUGGGCACGCCGCGUUGAAACGUUUCUAUCGAAAGAGUACGAGCCGUUGCUGCCACGUUGUCGGCGACAACGUGUGUAAUCGUAAAUUACACAGUCUUUUA